AUGUUUGGAAAUCACUCAAAUAACAAAGGCAAACGAAGAUCAUUCUUCUUUUUGGGUACUGAAUCAAGUAGCACGGCUACACCACCCUCCACAACUAAAGGCAAAACGAGUACCAAAACUGGUAGUAGAUCACAAGCUAAACCGUCACACACGUCAGAAUCAAGUAAAAGUCAGCAUCAGGUAGUGCAGCCAUUAUCAAAAGCGCCCCUGAACACGCCGUCGAGCGUUGAUACCAAUAGACGAGACCAAACAUCUGGGGAUAACAAUGUUUCAAAGAGCAAGGAAACAGAAAUACCCAAGAAUAAAACUCCGGCAUUGUACAAUACACCUUGUCAACUAACUAUGGAUACGGAAAGUACUGAAAGGAAACUUCACAGCACCAAUCCAUUUAAUAACCUGGCAAAUAAUGUCCAAGACCCUACUCCACGGACAAAAACGCGAACGAGACGCCCACCACCGCCGGAAUUGGACAUGGACCAUAUAAAGAGGUUAGCUGAUUUAGAGAAGGUAGAGCUUGCUACGAAUAAGCCUAAGGUAAGUUCCGAAAGACAUUUGGAAGAUACUAUACAAACCGCCGAAAGCAUGGCGUCGCCGAGAAAGACGUUUCCAUUUGAGGACAAAACCUCAAAUGAUAAGAAUAAUGAGGCAAUUGCCGAUGGCAAUCGUGUUCAUAGAAAGAAUCGUUCGCAGGCAGAACAAUUGGUAGACGACAUUGACGUAUUUUUAGAGGAGAAUCCAGCUAGUUUGAUUGCCGCAAACGAAGAAAGUGGUCCAGAUGACUAUUUAAAAGCGAAUGGGAGCACUGAUUCUCUAAGCGUCAGCUUAAAAGGUACAGAAAGCAUGGAAAGUUCUACUGCAAAUAUAUCCCCCUUAGAUUUUGGUGGUGAGAGAAAUAAUCUUUCCCACAUGGUUGAAGGCGACCAACGCGAAACCACAAAUUAUCCUGGGUAUUUAGAUGGUGUUGAUAAUGCGCAAGAUUUGCUUACGUCUGAUUCCAAAAGUUUUGAUAAUAAUCUGAAAAGUGGAGAGAGUAACGAACAGUUCUCCUUCAGCAAUUCUAUUGUUAAGACUCGAACGAACGAAUGGGUACCUCACUUGAAUAUUGAACCACCUCCAAAUGAUAUACUAGGAGAUAAUCUUCGAAAUGGUGGUGAUUCGAGAAAAUCAACCAAUCCAUUCCUUGACAUAGACGAUACGGAGGCAGUACAACAAUCUUUCAUGGGGUUGAACCAUCACGUUCUUGGGGACGCAAAUUCUAUAUCAGCGCGCGAAAUUGCUGAUCAGAAUGACAGUGAAUUAUUAGAACAUGUGGUUUCUUAUUCAUCGGACGAUGCUGUGAUUCAGGAUAAUGCUGCAGUAAGAAAAUUCAGGGUUGUCAAUGAAGAUCACGCCACCUUUUAUUUUAACGGUAAUGAUGAUAAUGGUACUAACGACGACGGAGAAGAUGAGAAAGAGGAGGGAAGUGAUGACAGCGAUAGUUUGAUGGAGAGUAGCAGCAUGACUAUGGACAUUGUGCCACCAACUUUUGAUAAUUCGAAUCAUAGCCCAGUGGUAACCGACAGUUCUAGGGAUACUAUCCUGAACUCACAUCUGGAGACCAAUCGCACUUUCACACCAACACUCACGAAUGAUCCAUCUUUUGCUGGAAAGGAUCCCUGUUUGGAUUCAAGAUCAGCCCUAUUUACGCCAACAUCUCAAAAAAGCCGAUCGAGUGCGCGAGAUGAAAGGCCCUUUCCGAAGUUGGAAGCCCAAACUUCCAGCCCCUCCAAAAAAUCCAACUCCCCAGCUUCGAAGAGCACAAAGAGCUUUAUUUCGGUCGCGGAUUCAUCAACAAAGUCAGAUCGACCAAGUAGACUCAUUUCAAGCUAUGUGGAAGAGUUAAGAUUAAAAUAUUAUAAAACUUCCAAUUUCUUACAAGCACCUCCCAAUCUACCAUUGUCGUUGAAGCAAAAGAAUAAUCUUGUUCAGCCCAAAAACAUCAGAGUUAAAAUAAGGACAAAUACGAAACAGAUUGGGAUCAAACAUGGAAAAGUGAAGCAAAAACUAUUAACGCUGGAAACACCCAACGAUGAAAACUCAAAUCCAGACUUCAACAGUAAACUUCUCCAGAGUGGGGUGAACGUCGACCAUACAAAAGAAUUCCAUAGGUUUUUCAACAAGGAUUUACCCCUUGGUAGUGAUGAUGACGAAUUUAAUGAGCAUGACACAAAUGCAGAUGGUGAUUUGCGUUCAGACUAUAUGAAGGAUAUUCCUGGGGACGAGGCCUACAACAGUGACGACGUAAUGGCUCCAUUAAGGAAACCAGGCCAUGAAGUUUCAAGAAGUAACACAACUUCUAGUUAUUACACGAGGUCCAAAAAUAAACUCAAGAAAGCGGGCAUGAUAGCAGAUGAUAAACCUAGCUUGCCCGCAAACAUUUCGGUGGAUAAGUACAGGAAGGAAGAAGCUGCGAGGAAGUCAAGGAGUAGAUCUACCUCGGUAUAUUCAGUAGAUUCGAAAUACCUGAACUCGAAAGUCUCAGGAACGUCCGGUCUACAUGUGGCGAACCCGGACUCAGAUGACGAGUCAUAG